AUGCUCGCACAAGCACAAGCGCUCGUGUAUGAGAAAGCUGUGAAGGACAAACUUAAUAGAGGGCUACUUUCUAAACUGGCUUCCCAAACUAGCAGCUAUUACCACACGGCAGCGUCCUUCGCUGGACAGUUGGACACAGAAAUGGAUCGAUCGUGGAAGGGCCAUUGUCAUUAUCAAGAGUUGGCCUUCCUCGCUGCUGCUAACCUACAGGUCGCACUUAACGAGAAGCCACGUGUGUUGGUAAAUCUGGAGGGGUUCGGCCCACUGAUAGCCCGGCUCCGGUAUUCGGCAAGUCUAUGUAGGCAAGCUGAUGCAUUGGCUGAUGAAUACAAGCUGAUACGGGACGUUGAUGCGUUGCGGAGCGUUAUAGAUAAGGAACUGGCGGAGCUGGAGAAGGACAACAAUACUGUGUACUUGGAGGUUGUACCGGACAAAUCGACUCUAUCGCCCCUAGGGAUGAUCAGUCUAGUCAAGGCCACACCGAUAACUGUGAACAGCAUUAUUGAGCCUUACGCUGCGGAAAUGAAAGAAUAUGGCCAGAUACUGGAUAAUCUAGCUCCAGCGAGUGUUCGUGAGAAGGUACAGCAAUAUAAGUCUCUACUAGAGGCACAAGUUGUAGGACCAGUUGACGACGCUUUCUCCCACAUGACUGAGCUGGUCAACGAUGCCCUAGCUGAGCGGGGCCUUCCCUCUGCAGUCCAGAAACAAGAGUGUGAUGGAAGUGACGAGGAAGAUGUUAAAGUCCCCGAGAGCGUCUGGUCAAACAUAGAAAAGGCUCGACUGACAAAUUCUGGAGCUGGCCCGCUGGGUCUGAAGGCUCAAAUAGACGGGCUCGAACAGAUGUCACAGGCAGCAGAGAAUUCUAUAGUGAAGUGCGAGGAUCAGCUUCGGGAAGAGGCCCAGGAGGAUUCUCGAUGCCAUGAUCGGUUUGGUGAUCGGUGGAAUCGCACACCCAGCGAUCAAGUACCACAUAGCUUCUACACACAGUUGCAACAGUAUCGAGAGAAGCUCACUCUGGCUAACGAGACUAAUGCAAAGCUACGGAGGAAGGUGGACUCGAUCGAUGCUGCUGUGUUCGGUGCGGUUAGUAGUAAAACAAAGGAGGAGUUGGAAGCUGAUCUCCGCAGUACUUCUGCUAUGCCUGGUCAGUCGCGCCUCACGGCAGAUCCUAAGAUAGAGGCCGCUAGAAUGCGUUGCGCUGAUUGCGUGGACCGUUUGCAGGCCGAGCUGGCUACUGUUAAAGAAGAGGUGGAGUCCUUUCGUCAGAAUGCGCUCCAAGAAAAUCCUACUCCUACUUUGUUGCAGCGGCAAAGUGAUCUUGAUGCAGCUGUACAGGAGCUACUAUGUGCCCAUUCUAACACAGCAGUGUUGGAGACCAUAAACAGUCUGCAAAGCCGCUGCCUUGAGCCUACGAUAGCUUCGUAUAACGAGUGGAAUGAUGCUGUUGUGGCGAAGAUAGGGCAAGCUAAGAAUUCACGUCAAGGGAAACUACAUGCAUGGGACUCAGCAGCAACGGCGUUGAUAACGGCAUCUGGAGAGGCUGCGGAAGGAGUUGCAUUCUUCUCGCGGUUACUGGACUAUCUGGGACAGGUUGAUCAGCAGAUUGGGGAUUACGUGUUUGCAAGGACGGAGGAGAAGAAUGGCAUGCUGCGAAAUCUCCAAGGCAACUUCAAUUCUCCCCCUGGCCAGAUGCCCUCCUCACCGUACAUUCAGCACAAUCCAGCGGGCCCCUAUCAGGCUACCUAUUCGUACCAAGCUCAGUCGCCUGAACCAUCGGCACCUUGGGGCGCUGGAGGUCCUCAGAUUCACCCGGGGCAUUGA